UCCGCUUUGACUUUUGCAAAGCGUCUCGCAUGCACGGGUGGGGAUUCCCCGCGUGACAAAAACAGCUCAGCUCUUCACAUGUCGGCUCUUCCCCUUCUCGCCUUGCAUUGCUCAUAUGCACCCCACCCUGAGGAGCUCACCCCGCUACCGGAUUUCUCGACGACAGACAGCCGCUUUGCAAUCCUCUCACGUCCGUAAUGAGCGUCGAAACUUUUGAAGGCGCCAGCACAACACGUCACAAUCGGGUAACCGAAGCUUUUAACCAACGUCUUUAGUCGUCCAGUGGCAUGAAAGGCACCAGUUCUCGACUUCGGCUUUUCCCACAACCGGUGGGCUCCUCGUCCUUGGAGUCCCGGUUGCCGUCGGCGACACCCGCCACCAGCCUUUGAAUUAUAUCUGGAAGUUAGUCAGUGACGGACCGGGGAGAUCCACAAUGGCGAGCGGCGACUAUCGAAAAGAUGAUUUUCUGGAGGAGAGUCGUGUGGACUCGGGCAUUAACUCUUACUGCUCCAUACUGAAGUCUGGGGAUCAGCAGCGGGAGUGCAGCGGCGAGCCCAGCGAGCCGAGGGACACAUUGUCAGCCGUGGAAGAGCGCUUGGAUUCGGCAUAUGCGUCCUCGUCACUGACGGUAGAGAGCCUGGCCGAAAUCGUGGAGGGCCUCACGUUUGACACCAAGGAGGCACCAGCGACCAGCCCUGGAAUUUCAGAACAGGAGGAGAACAUUCUCACGUCCAUUACGGAAGAUGGAGAUACAAUCCUGCACCUGGCCAUCAUCCACGAGGACACAUCUAUUGCAAAACAGUUGAUCCAACUAUUCCCAAAAGAAGUCCUGGACAUUCAGAACUAUUUGUAUCAGAGUCCAUUGCAUCUGGCCACCUACUUGAACCUGACAGAAGUGGUCAAGAGUCUGGUGGACAAAAGCAUCAGCGUCGAGUUGCAGGACAGCGACGGAAACACAGCGCUGCACGUGGCCUGCCAUCACGGCCUGACCACGUGUGCCGUCGAAAUGACCAGCAGGAUGUCCCCCGGCAAGCUUGCUCUGGUCCUGGAGACCCAAAACUGGAGAGGUCUUGCGUGUCUUCACUUGGCAGCGCUCAGCAGGCAACAUCAGAUAAUGAAGCUGUUGAUGGCAAAGGGCGCAGACCUGAAUAUCAAGGAGGGAACAAGUGGCAAAACGGCGCUGCAUCUCGCGGUUGAAAUCCACGACACCAUGUCGGUGAAGCUGCUGCUCAGUGGCGGCGCCAAUGUGGACGCCGCCAUGUUCAACGGCUGCACGCCGCUCCACCUGGCUGUGGGGCGGCAGGACACGGCCAUCGCCAAUCUCCUCUGCCAGUCUGGCGCAGACACCAUGUUGCGCAACGUGGAGGACGAGACAGCGUUGGACCUGGCUGAUGGCAAUAAUGAUAUUCUGGCUCUGUUCCCAUUUGAUGACAUCCAAAUCUCUGGCAGGUCGGUGGUCGGUGUGAACUUUUGAGCUACUGUAUAGAGCUGCGUCAGGCUGAGCGACUGUGUUUGAACUGUAUGAUUUGUAUUGUUUUUGAUUGAAAUCUGUAUUUAUAAGUUCUAUUGACAAACUGCAUCACUUGGGAUAAGGACACCAUUCUUCUUAGCAAUCUUUGACUUGAACACUGAAAAAACAAUCAGCUUGAUACUCUUCUCUUCAUGGUCAGGUUUGCAUCGCCACAUCCAUUAAAAUUUCUUAAAAGAUCUACCUCUUUCUCAAUAUUUUAAAUAGCUAUUAAUCAAAAUUUCAAAUUAUUUUAUUCCCGUUUCUUAAAUUUCACUGGUGCAGAAGUUGUUUGGGUGUCUUUUUUUCUUCCAAGCUCAGCUUUUGGCAAUGAGACUGCAUAAUUCCACAUGGAUGAAUCUAUGACAUCAAAUUGUGUGAAGUUUCUGCUUUACUCUUUGUUGUUAAUUGCACUGGCCUGUUGUUGAAAAUAAUUUUAUGCUCAUUUAUUUUGUAAUAAAAUGGUUUGAAACAUAA